UUGCGAAUUGUAGAAUAGAUGUAGAUCAUUUCUCCAAAUGCUAUCUUUUAUAUAACGAAAAUUUUAUAAUUGUAAGAUUAUAUUUUUGUAAGUUAAGUGAUCGCGGGUACAGUGAGACACAGAUAAGGAGCGUUCUAGCAGAAGGGUCAUAUGAGUGA